UUAAUUCAAAAGAAAUAAGGAUACAAUACGAAGGCCAAUGAUAUACGAAGAAGGGAUAGACCAUAUUGAUAUCACAUUCCAUAAAAUAUUGAACUUUGCUUUGCAUCUCUUCACUCAUGGAUUCAACUCGAGCAACAAAUUUUCGGCGUGAUGAGGAACCAAGAUCAGUACGUAAUGAAGAUCAUAAUAGCCAUUCAAUUUCUCGUACUACAAGAACAGAAGAAGAAAAGCAGAGACGCAGACAAGAGUGGCUGCGACAGCAAGAACGUGAGAGACAACAUGAAAAAUUAAAGCAGCAAAAAAUUUUAGAGUAUGAGAGAAAACGUGCGCAAUCUUUAAAACAUGCGCAAACUUUAAAGCAUUCUGAGCAAAAACCUUCACGUCAUAGUCGAAGUAGAAGUGAUAGCAAGUCUCCCUCCCUUCACCGGCAUAGAGGAAGAUCUACAUCAAAUGUUUCCAAAUCUGGCACUUUGUAUGAAAAAUUAGAUGGGUCUUCAAGUGGGGCAGUACCCUUGUUCAAAGGUGCUCAGGGCAUACAGAUUAGUACUACAGAGCUACGUCGAAUUAAGGUUGAUAUUCGCAGAAAUAUUCCUGCGAAAGGAUCCAUUUCUGAACUAGAACGAGAUAUACUUAAUCCUGAAGAUGUGGUCGUCAAAAGAAGAGAGGGGGAAGGAUGUAAACCGAUAUUCGACAGAGAAGAAAUUAAAACGGCGAUAGUUAAACCUAACGAAGUGGAGGAGCGACGUACGGUUGUAGCCGUAGAUAGGGACCAACCAGUUUCCUCGAGCAAAUUACGAACUUCCACGAAACGCUCUUCAUCUUUGAGUCCUACCAGGAAUCGUGGUUAUAGUCCCGGAUAUUUAUCUUCCUAUCAAUCAAAGUAUCGUAUAGAUUCGAAGCGUUACGAUAGUAGGACGAAU